GCCACAGAGACGGCGAGGGUUGGGCCACGGCUCACCAGUGGAAGGUGUGACGCACAGUUUGUCAACAAAAGGUUACUGCCAACCGCGCACUUCACUACAAUAAGUGCUAAAAGACCUGAAUGCAUUACAUUUGGUGAUCUAGUGUCUGUUGUGUGUUCUGUUCGCAGAUGUGAACCGAAAACCCAUCGAAACAAAAAAGCCUAACGGAGAGUUUGCAGCUUAAUCACUGGUGCAUGACUUGAUCGACUUGGACUCGGUGUGUGUAUCUAUUCACAGGAAAAUGUCAAACUCCACUGUCGGCAGCGUAACUUGCGUGGGUUUUCUUAGGUCAAGGCUAGUAUUUUAAGCGAGUGCAGCUUGUGCUGCGGAUAGGGCCAGUGGUUAGGAAAAACCAUUUCAACUGGUUAUUAACUGACACUGUUUCUGAUCACUUCUCCCCUUUCACCCCCCUCUCCCAAAAAACAAAAUGAGUCAAAAGACUUCGAGUGCUGCAAAUGGGGACAUUGAUGUGCUUCACGAUCCAAAGAAAGCAGCUGUCGAGCAGGGUCGUCGGGUGGUGACAGGUUUAACGGGCAUGUACUUGUUGGUUGCCGGAGCGGUGUCGUUAUCAUGGCUAGUGGGCUACCUGGAUUUCUCUUACGUGUGGUCAUUUUUAUUGACGGCUGCACUUUUUGUCAUCUGGAAAGCCAAGAUCAAAAAAAUCAUCAAACAGUACCUCAAUAUAGAAGAAGCAGAUUUGUACCGACGCAGAGCAUUCCGGCAGAAUGAAACUGCUGAGUGGCUGAAUUUUCUUUUAAACCGAUGGUGGGUGUUCAGCUCUAGCACAAUUGAGCAGCUCAUCAAGAAACGUUUGGACGAGCGCCUGUGGGAUAUAAAGCCACGUUUCCUAGAUAACCUUGAAGUGACAAGCUUCACCACUGGUGAGCAGACACCGUCAGUGCGCAAUGUGCAGGUGUUUGAAUAUUGUGAAGGUGUGGUGGGUUCACGCAAACCUAUCAGCUGGUUCAAUGUCAACAAACCGCCUGCUGGUCUGGACAAAAUGACCUCCUAUCAGCUUGUAGUCCAGUUUGAUACUCACAUGAUCUGUGAUGAUUUUCGAAUGGUCUUCCGUGCCCGAGUGGGCUCCAAGAAGGUCAACAUGUCAUUUGACAUGGCACUUGAGGACUUGCAGCUAAGUGGCAUGGUGCAGGCAAUUCUUCAUCUCUCCAUGGAUGUUCCUUUCCCACAUAUUGCGAAAGCAACAAUUUCUUUUGUGGACAGGCCAGAAGUAACUUUCAAUUUACAUUUGAUGAAAACUCUUCAAAUGAUGGAGGUACCUCUCCUCAAGAGCUGGAUUUACACUAAUAUCAUGGAGACACUCAGUAAAGCAAUGGUAGAUCCAGCAUCUCUCGAUGUGACCUUAUCUAAGGCAGGCCCCAUUGAGAUCAGCCAUCAACAGAAAAAGAAAAAGAUGGCCCAGGGAGUCCUGACAUUACACCUAAAGGGCACUCCUCCAAAAGAUCCAGGAGCAGAAGAUGUACGGUACACUGUGCUUUUUUUGAGAAAUCGCAAGCGACAAACUCAUGAUGUGCCUGCUACAGAGGAGUGGACUGAUGUUUGCAGCUUCUUUAUGUAUGAUCUGGCCAAAGAGGAGAUACAGGUGAAGAGUAAAUGCCGACGAUUGCUCAUGAGUACAACUCUGGAGUACACAAAGGUCAACCUUGCUUCUUUUCCUUUACAAGUAAAAGGCUCAGCUGAAACAACCAUAACAAAUAAAGAUGGAUCCACUCUUCAGAUGAAGAUGCACUACACUGCACUUCCUGCAAUCGAUCUCAGUAAGGCUGAUGCAGAGGCACCCAGAAAGACGACAGAAGUUGCUGGUGUAAUGUAUCUCUGUAUCCAUGGAGCAUCCAACGUGAAGGCUGCAGACAAGACUGGAGCAUCUGAUCCAUACUGUGUUCUAUUUUGUGACAGGCGAAGGCUGCUGACAACCCCAUAUGUGAUGGACACGCGCAAUCCUCGGUGGGAAUCCUGGGUUGAGUUUUUUGUGGGAGACUUCACCAAGAGUACAUUGUCAUUUUUUGUCUUUGACUGGGAUGGGACAAAUACCAUAGACGAUGAUUUUCUGGGUGUGGCCCAUCUCUCCUUGAGCAAGGAAGAGAGUGUAGUUAUAAAGAAAACACUGGUUCUGGGCUACAACAAACCAAAUGAAGGUUUCACUCCAGACAAGUCCUGUGGUCAGAUCACUGUCUCCUUAGUGUUUCGGCCUGUGGCAUCUGUGGCAAAGUCAGAGCGCUUUCGUGAUUCAUUGAUUGGUUUCAAGGGUGAUGAGUAUCUGUACUGUGAAGAUCUCAUGUCUCCAGCAUCUGUGAUGAAGGCAACUACUCUUUAUCAUCCACGGCAGCUGUGGGACAUCAGUGAUCAUGAGAAAGACAAAGACUUGGGACCACCUCGACGCUCAACCUCAGCUGCUCUGUGUGUUGACAAAUAUCUGGAAGAUAAGUUAAUUGCCGAGCUGACCAUUCUACAGGGCAAAGACCUGAUGGCCAUGGACAGGAAUGGAUUUAGUGAUCCCUACUGUGUUGUGUCCCUUGCUGGCAAAAAGGUGUUCACCACAGCUGUCAAAAAGAAAACACUGUUCCCUAAGUGGAACGAGACAGUCACGCUGGACAUUAAGGACGAAGACACAGCUAUUACCAUUGAUGUGUUUGACAAAGAUGUGAUCUCGAAAGAUUUUCUAGGCAAAGUCACCUUAGAUACCAACAAAUUGAAAGAAUUGUCUGUUAAGGAUUCCACAGAGUGGUUCACGCUGGAAAGAACAAAGACUGGAAUGAUUCAGCUAAAAUGCCAUGUCAUCUCAAAAGACACUUUGAUAUCUCCAACAGACCUAGCAACAAAUGAAGUGUUUGAUAGUGCCAGCCACAGACAGGUAUGCACUGUUUGUCUUGUCAGAUUAUGUCCUCCUGUUCAACAGGCAGGCACUCCCUUUCUUGUCACACUAUGUCCUUCAUUUCAACAGGUAACAGGUAUGCACUCUCUGUAUGUUGUCUCUGUCUACUCUUAACUGUCAGGCAUUGAUUUUACCUGUUGUUUUGAGACCAGCAUCCAUGUCUCGGUUAGCUUAAUUUCUACUCUGUGGUGCAAUGUGCUUGCAUGUUUAUGUAUUCGUUAAGAUGACACCCUAAAACAGUGUACUCACGAGCCUCUAUCUAAAGCGCUUUGAAUCUGGCUGAUGCUAGAGAAAGACGCUUUAUAAAAUGUGCUGUAUUAUUGUUGUUCCCAUUGUUUAUUUCAACUAUGCUACCAGUCAUUUAUAAACCAGGUUAUUUAUUUUGUUGGGCAGCAAAAUGUAACUGCUGAAGUACAUCUUGUCAGCAAUAACAGCCAUCUUAAUACUCAUAGAUAGUCCACAGUUUAUGUACAUCUUGUCAGAAAUAACAGCCAGCUUCAUAUUCAAGAGAUAGCCCAUAGUUUGGCAGAAACAUGUUUGACCUUUGUUGAAUGAUUUACAUAUUGUUUACCUCCUUCUAUAUAUACUUCAGUUCAGAACAAAUGAUCUGUUGAUGUCAGUGAUGUUUGCAUUUUUUU